CGUAAAAUUCUCCGAUGUUGACAGACGAUAAUCGACAACACGCGCUUGGUUGCUAAGUAAUGGAGUUAUUUUUCUAUUAUUUUCGAGAAAAAAUUUUGAACGGAAAAUUUAUUUAUUUUUUAUAUUGAAUGGCAAGUUUCAAAUGCAAAACUAAAGAUGAAAUUGCUCCAGCUAUUUUGUUAACUCAACUUAUUCCACCACAAAGAACUUUUACUUUAUCUGGCAGAGAAACAUGGAAUUGUGCAUUUUCUCCAGAUGACACUUAUUUUGCUUGGUCCUGUGGAAAUAGGAUUGUUGUUAUUGUUCCUUGGAAAUAUUCAUCAUCAUUAUCAUGGAAUGAAAUAUUGCCUACUGAAAGUAGACAUUGCUAUUUAAAAAAACCAAUUAUUUUGGAUACUGGUUAUUUGGUCUGGUCUGUUGCAUUUGGAGUAGUAACAUGCAACAGAAUAUUAAAGGAUCAUUACAUAUUUUGGAAACGUUUAUGUUUUUCUCAAGAUUUAAUUUUGGUGACUGGACAUAAUAAUGGAAGAAUAAGAAUUUGGGAUGUACAGACAGGAAAUCUGAUAUUAGAGUUAGUAGAUCAUCGCAGUAUAGUUACUGAUUUAUCUUUCUCACCUGAUGGCAGCUUAAUACUGUUAUCUGCAUCAUAUGAUGGAACACUUAAAUUAUGGGAUUUAAAUGAUAAUGGAAAUAGAUUUGGAACAUUAUCAAUGAAUAAUAAACCAAUAUACUCAUGUGCCUGGUCACCAAAUGCUAAAUUAAUGAUAUCUGUUGGUAUGGACAAAGUGGCUUAUAUCUGGGAUAUGAUAACCUACUGCAUUAAAUUAAAAUUAGAAGGCCAUCAUUAUGAUAUAGUUGCCUGUGGUUUCUCUCCAGAUAGUUGCCUUGUAGCUACUGCUUCUUGGGAUACCAGAGCUAUUUUAUGGGAUGCAGAAACAGGAUUAAUGCUUAAAUGUUUUGGACAUCUGUAUCCACCUCCACAUUUAAUUUAUGCUGGUGGACAGAAUGGUACUUGGAUUCGUGGCUUAUCAUUCUCUCCUGAUGGUUCCCAUUUUGCAACUGUAGCAGAUGAUGGAUAUUUGCGAUUUUGGGAUAUAUUUAAUGACGAUGAUCCAGAGGCAGUAGGAAUUAUGGAAGGUGCAUUAUGUUGUGCCUAUUCUGCUUCUGGACAAAUUCUUGCUGUUGGAACACAAAAUGGAUCAGUAAGUUUUUGGAAAGCAUCCAGUUGCGUCACUCCUUUACUCCAUUUAUGUCGCAUUAAUAUAAGAAGAAAAGUACAAAGUAAGGAUUUGAAAAAGUUAAAGCUUCCUUCACGAUUAUUGCUGUAUUUGCAGUAUUGUGAUCUUGAUUAACAAACAGAAAAUAUAAUAUUGUACAUAUUAGAUUGCAACAAACAUGUAUAUAAUUUAUCAAUAUGCAAUAAUUUUUAAUUUAAUAGAAUUAUUAUUAUUUUUUUCAAAUUGUAUAAAUAUAAUUUUGUUAGUAAGAGCAAAUAUGUAUGAUAAUGAUGAUUCAAUUAAUAACAAUUCAACAAUUAUAGAACCUAGAUAUUAUCAAGAUACAUAAGUACUACAGAUUAUUUAAAUACCUUUAUAUCUUAAUUUUGACAAUUUCAAGUAAUAUAUGUUCUACAAAAUUUUAUGUAUUCAGUUUUAACAACAUUUUCAACUAUCUCAGAUCAUUGUUAUUAUAAAUAGAGAAUAUAAUUCCAUUUCACAUAUAAAACAGUUAUUAUGCAGAAAGCAAAAUAUAUCAGCUUCUUGAAAUUGAAUUAGAAUGUAUUAUACUGUAUAUGUAAAAAUUACUGUACAUAUAUUUCUAUAUUUCUGAAAACUCUGCU